CGUCACGCCGCCAGUCGUGGUUCGUUGUCAACACGAGCGCGCGCCGAGUAUGCGCAGCCACAUCGCGCGUUGAUAUGUGUACGUUUCCUCGGAUUUUCUGGUGCUUGUGCAAUACCUGAACGCCUGCACGACAUGAUGUCUCGGGAGGACGUCAGAACACGUUUCAUUGACGAGUCUUCAUCGGGACACGUCUCCGAUGACGACGAAGUCGAGUUGAGAAAAGACAAAAGAAGUGUCAAACAAAUGAUUCAACGUUUCGAAAGGACGGGUAUCAAUCUCGGAGGUUCGAGUGAAUCCUUGGAAAGAUUCAAGGAUCCGAUGUUGGGAAGUUUAUCAAGUAUUGUCAACCCCAUUCAGAUACAUUUUCAACAUUUAUCCCCAGUGCCUAAGACUCAAGAUAGAAAUUCAAAUGUAUCAGUGAACUCGAUAUUAUCAAAUGUUUCGGAAGUAAGUUACGAAUCGAGUUCUUCGGGUUUCAUGUCUGACAGGAAGUCUUACUCAAUAAAGCCUCACAGACCAGCUCCGCCUCCACCAGAGCCUUUUAACGACACUUCUUCUAUAGAUAGUAAAUCUUCUGUACCUGAGAGUGUGGCAGUCGAAAGACGCUUUUCGUUUACUACACCUUCCUCAUCACCUGUAGUAUUGCGACGUAGUCGACAACCCCCCGUUAUACGAAGGAAAUCUUCAAUAGGAAGUCAAGGUCGUAUGGGUGAAGCACAUUGGUCUUACGGUGUUAAACAGUGCGACCUAGAAAAACUGCUAAGAUUGAAACUUUCAGAAACAUCUGAUAAUGAAUUAGACAUAAAGGAAAACAAAAGUAGAAUAAUAAAUAGCAAAUUAUCAUCAUCAAAUGAAAGUAGUAGUGACGACUCUAAUGACAGUGAUAAAUUAAAAGAAGGUGAAGAAUAUGUAGUUAAUAAUGAUGACGGUAGAGCUGAAACUCUAUCGACGGACCAGUCGACAGAUACUUUAAUGAAUGAAUAUGAAAGUGAUGAAGGCGAUAAUUUAUCUAGUGCGUCUGAGGAACAAUGUAAUUUUGACAAUGUUAGCAUUAAAUCUAUAUCAUCUCUGGAUAUGGUGCCAUAUCAGAAGUAUGAUAGUAUCACGGUUUCAUCAGAUGAAUUCGGCUCAGAGGUGUGCCAUGCACCGGAUACAGAAUUCCUCACAGUUAGUGCAGUAAACGAGUGGUGUGUUACAAAGUCCAUAGAACCGGUAUUGAUGCCAGUGGAAUCCAAAAAGGAGAAAUAUAGAAGGCGACUGACAGAACGUGUGAACGAGCUACUUCACACGGAAAACGUUUACGUGGAGCGAUUGAGGCACGUCGUAGAAGACUACAUUCCAGAAAUGACGAAAGAAGACGUACCUCCAACGCUCAAGGGCAUGAAAGCGGAUAUUUUUGCCAACAUUGAAAGGAUAUGCCGAUUUCAUGCUGAAGAGUUUCUACCAGCUUUAAGAGACUGUGAAAACGAUCUCAGAAAACUUGGACAGUGCUUUCGGCGAUUCGAACAAAGGUUUAACAUGUACGUAAUGUACUCUAGAAAUAAUAAGAGAGCCACGAGACUGGUGUAUGAACACAAACAUUUCUUCCAGGAACGACAAUUAGAAUUAGGCGAUAGAUUAGAUCUCUCUAGCUAUUUAUUAGAACCAGUGCAAAGGAUACCGAGGUACAAACUGUUUUUGGACGAUCUAGUGAAAACUUACACAAAUUAUGAAAAUGAGAGGUGUGAGUCAGAUUCAAGAAUAUCUAAGUUAAGUGUAGAUAGUGAUGAGACGGGUGGAAGUAAUGGAGAGUCGUCUGAUGCUGACGAGACGCCUUUGGAGAGUUUGAAACUGGCAAAAACUAUGAUUGAAUGCGUUUUGACAGCGAUUGAUGGAAUAAUGGCGCUAGAAAAUAUUACAGAUUGCCCAUCGUACCUCAAUCUACUGAAUCAGGGUCGACUAUUGCGUCAAAAUGAGUUCUACGCAAUGGACAGCGCGCGCCGGCGCCGGCAACUUAUGCGGGUCUUUCUCUUUGACAAGUUGGUGCUCAUCACUGCAGUUUAUCGAAAGCAACUGACAGUCGAGUUUUUUAUUUACAAAGACCAUAUCCCGGUUGACGAUCUCGGCAUAACUGCGAAGGAGCACGAUCAAUACAAAUUCAGCAUCUGGUACAAGAAGAGAAACCUCAAGUCGUACAAACUGGAGACCAGGGAGCCUGCAAUCAGGAACGCGUGGGUUGAAGAAAUAACCUCCUUGUUGUGGGAGCAAGCUAUGCGAAAGAAAGAACUACUAAUGGAACAACGCCAGAAGAGAAUAUCAAUGGUGUCGAUGGAUAGCCAAGAUUCGACAGAGACCGAAAGAAAUGAUGACAAAUAUAACUCUCUUCGUGGUGUACCUGGUGAGGUCAGAAGGUCCGGAGAUAAAACGUUUAGACGAACGACGUGGUACUGUGAAUGAGCUAAUAAGACAGCUAUUUUUGGUAUUUAAUUUGAAAAGUCGAUGAGUGAAUUUUAACUUUUGUACGAGACAGAGGGCCAGCCAGUGGAAAUUUAUUAGUCGACUUUUAAUUACCUUCGUCAGUAGAGAAGCUAAAUUAAAAUCGGAUUUGAGUUACUUUGAUCACUACUCACUGCGCCUUCAAUACAAAUUUUUACUGGCAAAUCAGCCUUCUCACUUGAAAUAUUUAUUAUCCAGUCGAAUACUGCAGCUACUUGUUUUACUUUAUACCGUAACGAAAAAUUCGUAUAUUUUAUAUAACAUUGUUUUCAAAUUGUAAAUAAAGUACUUGGUUGUUACUUGUUCUGGAAUAAACGAACUGAAACACUGAGAUAGCUCAAAUUUUGUAUAAAUUAAAAUAAUUAAUAUUAUAAAAUAAUUCCAAAGAAACUUGUAUUUAUCUAUAACCGAGAAAAUCAGAAUAGUCUUAAUAAUAAUAGGAAGUCUGUAUGUUUACAAUAUUUUGAGGUACCUAUGUGAUAAAGUAAAUUAGUUAGAUAUCAAUGUAAUGUUGCUAGCUGUAAUAUUAUCAGUCAUUAUUUUAUGAAACAUAAUAUUAUUAAUGUUAGGAUUAAUGUUGAAGUUUUGUAAAUACUUAAAUAUUCAAAAUAUGCAUAGCUUUUAGAAAUGUUAUUUAAAUAAGACUUCAUUUUAUCGUUAUUGCCAGUCUAAAAAUAUUAUAAUGUCAAUGUAAGUACCUAGAGAUUUUAUAAAGGUAAAUAAAACCAAAAUUAUUUAUAAAGUAA